UCCAGUUUCUAGAAAGCUCUUUCUCCCUUCAUGAUUCUUAGCUUUCUGCAUUGACACUCCCCAAAGGGCUGGGAGGAGAGGCCACGGUCCCCUGAUCCUGACCCACAAGUCACCGAAGCAGAGACAUCACCCUUCCCUCCCACUCACUCCAGACUGGCUGGGCUCUGGGGCAUUUGCCCCACCUGCCCCGGCUCGGUGACCUUCUCUACUGGGACAGGCUUGGGACCCGGUGCCAUCGGCAAUGUCCCAGUGCUGAUGCUGGAAGGUGAGGAAGUAGCAGAAAUAUUGGGGCUGCCCUCUACCUGGGUCCACUUGUCACUUAAACCCAAAGCCCCCCGGCAAGGAGGAGGGCAGGUGCUGCUGCCCCCUCGGACAGAUGGAGCACAGACACAGGGAGGGUGAGUGACUCGCCCUGGGUACAGAGGGACAGUGCUCCUCCCAGGUACUGUCUGGACUGGGGCAGUGGGAGGAGCCCCUGAGGAAGGGGGAGGCUGAAGCACAAUCAAAGGACCCCAGAGACUUUCUAGAUGCCUGAAGAAGUCCUGACAUCACUGCCCUCAUGCUCCCCCAACCAAAGGUAUGGCAACACUCCUCAUCCCAGCCACACCUGGCCACCUUGCACAGACACACACACACACACACACACACGUGCAAAUCCACAACAGGACUACGGAGGCCGCGUUGGGAAAGGGGAGCAGGGAUGGGUAAGAGGAAAGAAAGGGACCUGCUGUCCAGCCCUAGUGGAAUCCUGACUUAUGCUCCUUGAUAUUUCUACUUGUGCCUCCCCACCUUUUAGACUUUAGACUCCAGCUACAGAAGCUUAUAACUAAAAGAACCCCAAGGACUAUUCAUUCCAUCUUUCAAUCCACACACUCCGGACAGUGCAGAGUAGGGUAAGGGAACCAAACUGGCACCCAGGCAGCCUUGUGCGGGUUCCUGGACAUCUCCGAGCCUCAGUGUGCCCGCUAUAAAGUGGAGGUGAUGAGGGUCACAGUAAGGACGCCCUUCCUAGCCUGUGACAAGCUUUCGGAAGGUGUGGAUGAUUCCUACUAACUUACCCCAAGUUCUGGGACGUGGGCAAGUCUCUGGUUUCUCAGCAAAACCAGAGAAGGAACCUGGAGCACAGCCCAGAACCCUGCCUGUCUCCUAGGAAGCCAGUCUCAUCAAGGGUCAGCCUUUGAGCAUAAAAUGUGAGAACCAUAAGUAGAGGGGAGUUUUGAAGAUAUUUAGCCCACCCCCUCAUUUUUACUUGGGGAAACUGAGGCCCAGAGAACUAAGGUGACUUCCUAAGUUAGCAGGGAGAAGUCUUAGGUAUCCAACCCAGGUUGGGGGGAUCCCAAUUAUUUCUCAAUCCCAGUGUAUUCUGGAAUGGCCAGUUUGUCCACGUCACUGUGACCUAGGAAUACGUGAAUGGAACCCACAGCUGUAGGCCUCCACGCACAGAACAGCUGUUCUCCCCAGGAAAUCACUUUUUUUUUUAUUGAGAGGCUUAAAUUAAUUUUAGAAAAAAGAGAGGUGCCGUGUGCUAAAAAUAGCCUAAUGCAGAGUUCAUCUUCUAGUCCUUUUGCUUACAAUGCAAAAAUUAAAAACUUUAGAUUCAACAAAUGAAAAUUGGACGUCUAAGGAAGGGAGGAGGAGCUUUGAUCAGAAAAAACCUUUUCCAGGAAAUCUGUUAACUCUGUGGCUUUUUAUGAAUGGAGCCCACAAUAUAAAAGGGGGCAGAGAAGGUGAAGGUCUAUACUUCAGGGGCUUGCUCUUGCAAAACCAAACCACAGGACAGACUUGCAGAAGAAGGCAGAGUGCCGCCAUGCCCAGCUCAGCACUGCUAUGUUGCCUGGUCUUCUUGGCUGGGGUGGGGGCCAGCCGAGGCCAGAGUACCCAGUCUGAGAACAGCUGCACCCACUUCCCAGCCAGCCUGCCUCACAUGCUCCGGGAGCUCCGAGCUGCCUUCGGCAGGGUGAAGACUUUCUUUCAAACGAAGGAUCAGCUGGACAGCAUGUUGCUGAACGAGUCCUUGCUGGAGGACUUUAAGGGUUACCUGGGUUGCCAAGCCUUGUCUGAGAUGAUCCAGUUCUACCUGGAGGAGGUGAUGCCGCAGGCUGAGAACCACGGCCCGGACAUCAAAGAGCACGUGAACUCCCUGGGGGAGAAGCUGAAAACGCUGAGGCUGCGGCUGCGGCGCUGUCACCGAUUUCUUCCCUGUGAAAAUAAGAGCAAGGCAGUGGAGAAGAUGAAGAACGCCUUCAGCAAGCUCCAAGAGAAAGGUGUCUACAAAGCCAUGAGUGAGUUUGACAUCUUCAUCAACUACAUAGAAUCCUACAUGACAAUGAAGAUGAAAGACUGAAACCUCCAGCAUGGCAACUCUUUAGACUCGAGGACAUAAAUUGGAGAUCUCCAAAAUCUCAGCCCAUGCUCUUGGGACAGCCAGCCUGGUUCCUUGGAACAACCUUGCCGUACCUCUCUCCUAGAAUAUUUAUUACCUCUGAUACCUCAACUCCUAUUUCUAUUUAUUUACUGAGCUUCUCUGUGAACUAUAUAGAAAGAAGCCCGAUUUUAUAAUUUUUUUUUUCAAUAUUUAUUAUUUCCACCUGUGUUUAAGCUGUUUCCAUAGGGAGACACCCUGUGGUGUGUGAGUGUUUUAGGAGAAAUUUUAAGUUAUAUAAGGUAAAAAAAAAAAAGUGUUCCUUUUGGAGCCAACCGAACCUUCCAUUCCAAGCCUGACCACCCUUCAUAGCUGUUGGGCUAUUUUCCCUGACCUCCCUCUAAUUUCUCUUGUCUCUGGGCCUGGGGCUCCUGGGAUGUUAUAGACUCUGACCCUCUUAGGAAGAGAAACCAGGGAGCCUUUUUGAUGAUUAACCCUCCAGUGGCUGAGAGGGAUUCACCUGACCCCCCCCCCACUGACCCCAACCACUUCAGUCUUGAAAGCUGUGGUCAGCUUA